AUGUUCAAUCUGAUGGCUCCUUUCCGAGAUAAGGUCAAGUUCGGAAUCGGCGUUCCCAAUGCAUGCCGUCGGACUAAACAGAUGCGCAGAAAAACCCAUUCUAUCGUUCGUAUGGUUACCAUGGACAGUGCCGAUCUAGAGAGAAGUUAUUCCCGGGAACAGCAAGGCUUAGGACCGGGGCAUGAGGCUAUCACAUCGCCGGUCGCUCUUGUCCGGAGUUUUACAUCGAAGAGUCAGAAAAGCUCAAGAAGUUGGCAGAGCUCGAGGAAUCACACCGGCGUAGAAAGUUCGCGUGCUGCGCGAUUGAGGGAACUUGGAAAAGAUGUCGACGAUUCUUCCGAUGCUGAAAAGGAAGACGCAAUUGAGAAAGUUGCGUCGCGAACACCAUCAACGCUUAGUUCGCCCGGAAGAUCAAAUGCUUCUUCGGUAAUGUCGAGCGUUGACGAUAGCCAUGCGAGUGGCCGACGUGUUAUUCGCUUUGAAGACGGAGAUCCCGAAAACCCCAACAACUGGGGUCGUUGGAAGAAGAUCUACGCCCUUCUCGUGGCCAUCAUGAGCGUCAUGAACAGUACCAUGACCUCGAGCCUAGCAGCCGGUGCUGCAGUCCCUAUAUCCCGUCACUUCAACGAGUACGAUGAGUAUAAACUCAUUUUGCCGACUUCAAUGUACCUUGUCGGCUAUGCAUGCGGUCCUAUGCUUUGGGGCCCACUGUCGGAAUCGUACGGCCGCAAGGGAACUAUGGUAAUUUCUUUCGGCAUUUUCACAAUCUUUUCGGUCGCUUCAGCUCUUGCACCGAACUUUGCAGCGCUAGUAAUCUUCAGAUUGCUGGUUGGCGUGGGAGGUAGCUGUGCCAUCAGCGUUGUUGGUGGUAUAUGCGCGGACAUAUAUCACAACCCCAAGUAUCGUGGUAGGAGUAUGGCUAUCUUCAUGGCUGCGACAACCUUUGGCCCGAUUCUAGGCCCCUUGGUAUCAGGCUACAUUGCAGUCGUCUCUUGGAGCUGGGCCUUCUGGGUUGGAGCUAUAUUCGCCGGCGCAACAUGGCCGUUGUUCUACUUCUUUGAUGAGACAUAUGGUCCAACAAUCUUGAAGCGUCGGGCUCAUCGGUUACGCAAAGAAACUGGUGAUGAAAGGAUCGCAGCACCGCUGGAAUUAGAGAAGACAGAUUUGAACCACAUCGUCACUGUCAUCUUGACUAGACCGUUGCGCAUGAUCUGCUUCGAGCCUUUGGUAUUGUUCACUUGCUUGUACCUGAGUUAUGCCUAUGCCAUUUUUUACAUAUUUUUACAGUCCUAUCCCAUCAUAUUCCAAGGCAUCUAUCACUUUAAUGCUGGAGAGACCGGCAUUGCAUUUCUCCCCAUUGGCGUCGGUGCAGUCAUCUCUGCUGGUAUCUACCUUUCUUGGGACUGGUACCUGGCACGCUCUCAACGUCUUAAUCGGCCUUGGUCACAGAAUGAAGAGAUGCGUCGUCUACCUCUAGCAUGUAUAGCAGGUCCAUUUUUCGUCAUCAGUGCGUUUUGGCUUGGCUGGACAAGUAGAGAAGGCAUACAUUGGAUCGUGCCUACUCUUGCCGGCAUCUUGUUUGGCAUGGGUUACCUGUGUCUAUUCAUGGCGCUACUCAAUUACCUCGUUGACGCAUACGAAGUUUUUGCUGCAAGUGCAAUGGCCGCCGCCUCAUUAUCCCGGUCUUCUUUCGGUGCUGUGCUGCCGUUCGCUGCAAAGCCGAUGUAUAGGGCUAUGGGUGUGGCGUGGGCGACGAGUCUACUAGGCUUCUUUAGUCUGGCGCUUUGUGUUGUGCCAUUUGUGUUUAUAAAGUGGGGUGGUACGAUGAGGGAUCGAAGUAAAUUCUGUCAGUAUUUGAGGCAGAAGAAGAUGGAAGAGGAGAAAGAGAGGGAGAGCGAAAGAGCGAAGGAGAAAGAGCGAGCGAGAUUGAUGGCCAAUGAAGUCAGCGCUGAGACAAACGAGAUCAAGGCGAAGGAAGAUGUGUAG